ACGUGCUGUGCAGCUUCAGGAGGAAACAUCCUGCCGGAGUUUGGACUCAGAGCAGCUCGCUGAAAACCUGCUCCUGCUACCUGUUGCCUGUCUCUGAAACUUCACAGUCGACGCGAGGUGAUGGACUAUUAAAGAGACUUUGAGCAGGCCUCCAGAGCGAGUUGAAAAAGCCGAGGUAAGCUGUGGUAGUUUGUCGGCUUCUUGUCCAGCUGUCUAAGGUACCACAGCCUCAACAAAAGCAGCAACCAUGGGCAAACAGAACAGCAAGCUCCGAACUGAGGUCAUGCAGGACCUGGUGGAGAACACAGACUUCACCGAGCACGAAAUCUCAGAGUGGUAUAAGGGCUUCCUGCGAGACUGCCCCAGUGGCGCACUCUCCAUGGAAGAGUUCAAGAAGAUCUAUGCCAACUUCUUCCCGUAUGGCGAUGCCUCCAAGUUUGCCGAACACGUCUUUCGUACAUUUGAUGCCAACGGAGAUGGGACUAUAGACUUCAGAGAGUUCAUUAUUGCCCUGAGUGUGACUUCACGUGGUCGGCUGGACCAGAAGUUGAAGUGGGCUUUCAGUAUGUAUGACUUGGACGGGAAUGGCUACAUUAGCAAGGCAGAGAUGCUUGAGAUUGUAACGGCUAUUUACAAGAUGGUGUCGUCGGUGAUGAAAAUGCCCGAGGACGAGUCCACUCCAGAGAAACGCACAGACAAGAUCUUCAGGCAGAUGGACACAAAUCGAGACGGUAAACUGUCUCUGGAGGAGUUUGUUGAGGGAGCGAAAAACGACCCUUCUAUCGUUCGGCUGCUUCAGUGUGAUCCCAGCAGUGCUGGCCAGUAAACCCCUGGAUGGACAUUUCUUCUUUGAAUCAUUUGACUCGUUUUUCAAAUCUCUCCCUGCUGGCCCCUUCUGAGAUGGUUGAUGUUUGAUCUUUACAGCGGUAGAGGCACGUGCACACACACAUAUAUAAAUGUCAACAUAUUGGCUACAUACUAUGAAUAACAAAAACCCUCAGUGGACGUAGUUCUUCACACGUGCGCCUCUCCGCCUGAUGGAACGCAACAGUUCAUGAGGGACUCGUAAGGUACAAAUAUAAGUUCAAAGGACUUGAGUCCCCUGAAAGACUUUUUCAACACUGAAUCAGAGUUCUGUGUGUGAGAAGAUUGUCAGCGAGGAUAAAUUGACGUGUACACAAGGAUUGUGCGAUUUCUUCAGAAUUGAGCCAAACCCCAAGUUGGCUUUGUUUUUGUUUGUUUUUUGUCUGUGCGCAGUGGAAGUGAAUCUAAACGACUUGGCUUGUGUGAUAAAGUAUUGCAUUCGAUCUCUGUGUUAACAUUGGAUGAAAUGAAGUGUGUGUAGACACAAGAUAAAUGAUACUUUUUAAAAUCAAUGAAGAAUUUUCAGAAGGGAAGACUUUAAAAAAAAAAAGUACACUUGGGCAAAAUGUUACAUUGCACCAAAUCUGACUGAUCGAAGAGGAGCGUUUUCAAAGUGGCUGUCUUUUAUUUUGAAAGUGACUUUUUAUAGCUCAUGCACACUCACACGUUGACAUAUUGAUGAAUAUAUGAAUCUGACAUGCAUAUAAAUGGAGCUGUGAUUCUUUUAUUUUUUAACAAUUGUGUAAGCAAAACAGUUAGAUAUAUGAAUAUAUAGUGUGUACUUGUAUAUUCUUUUACUUUUCGUUAACAUUGUAAUUUGUCACAAAGGAAGAGUCCCUUUGGAAAAAAAAUUUAAGUAUAAUUUAUUGGAUUGUGUUCGAAUUUCUAUUCUACUUGGCAAACAUAUGAAAGUUGUACUGUGUAUUCGCUCAUUUAUGCUCGAAACGUUACAAGGAGACGACCACAAAUACUGUUAUGCAUCACGCUUUAAUCAUCCACUAAUAUGUAGGCAGCUGAUUUUCUGUCUGUUUACAAAAAAAAAACAAAAACCCAGAACUCUGAGAUUUGAACGGUUGCAGGUGUUUGGAUGAUGCGAUAUUUCUCAGAAAACCUGUCAAAGUCGGCGGUCAUCAUCCUGAACGUUGGUGUAAAAUCUUUCUCCAUAUGGUAUAUGCAGCAUUACUGUGCAAUGUCUUUAAUGUUUUUGUGCAAAUCUGACAUGUUGAAUGUGCACUUUCAUGUCCCUGCUGUACACAAACACAGAACGUUCAGAAAUUUUAUUUGUUGUAAUAUUUUAAAGUAACCUGCAACGAUGGCGUUCAAACAUUUGCAACUAUAGCGCACAGUAAAGUACAUUUAACGCUGACUAGCGCUGAAGUCGGCAAUGAGUAGUGUUUUCACAGAUGCAUAAAUGUUGAAAUGACAUCAUGAAAACAGGCAACACUUGUGAGAAAUUUUCUGGGCUUCUGCAUAUUUCAAGUAAAUGGGUUUGGUACUUAAUUCACACAUUUCACGCAAUAGCAUCUUGUGGUCAAGUGCCAAAAAUAGAUGAUGAAAAGUCAUAGUAUUGCAUCUGUUUGUAUUGUACAUUGUCUGUUGAACAAAAGAAAGCAUCAAUGUAUCAUUUUUGUAGAUUUUGUAUUGUUUAUUGCUUUAUGUUCUGUGUAGAAUUUCAUUUUGUUAUUCAAAUAAAAUAAUGAACAA